ACCUGCGACAAACCAAUAAGAAUAAACCAUUUGCAAUUUCAGAGGAGCGAGUACUUUGAUCUUUGUAUGCCAGAUCAUUUUCAACUUUGAACAGUAAAGCAUUAUGCAGCUAAGUUCAGUCAAAGUCGUUAGCUUAAUGCUAAUAUUGCAUACAUUAGUUAAUCACCAAUCGUGGAACUAACAACAGACAGAUCAGCAGUAUACAUCAUCUGAAAGGGAAUUCUGAUUUACUACUACUUUAUAUAACCUAAGGAUAACCUAGUCUAAUAUGGAUAAUCGCAUCAUAACCUACAACAACUUCCAUAUAACCUAGGAUCUUGCCCUGCUAGUAUGCAUAAUCACAUCGCACUGGUUUAGCUAGGUAGUUAGAAAGACUGCCUUAGCAAGUGGCUACCUACCUCUAGCCAUGGAAGAAGCAUUAGUCCUCCUGAUUAUCGUCGCUUUCUCAGUGAUAGCGCCGGCCACCUCUUCUGGGCUUACCAUAUCAUUGCCAGGGUGCCCCGACAAGUGCGGUAACGUGUCCAUCCCUUACCCCUUUGGCAUCGGUGAUGGCUGUGCUGCAACCAGCCUAAGCCCCUCCUUCACUCUGAUCUGCAACAACAGCUUCCAGCCACCAAGACCAAUGUUUAGUAACAGUUCCAGGCCUGUAGAGGUCAUUGACAUCUCCCUGGAGCAUGGUGAGGUGCGUGUUUACGGCAAUGUCAGCUACUACUGCUUCACGUCAAACACCACCAUAUCAGACAAUAACACUGCCGGGGUCAGCCUGGAGAACAUGCCAUUCAUCCCCUCCAUUACCCGCAACCGCUUCACAGUUAUCGGCUGUAAUACUCUGGGGCUCAUUGGUGGCUACACGCACAGCAACUCUGACUUGUAUUUGGCUGGCUGCUACUCAUACUGCCGAGGUAUCAACAGUACAACUGAUGGAGCGCCGUGCAUCGGGAUAGGAUGCUGUGAGACCACCAUAUCCCCCAAUCUCACUGACUUUGCAGCUCUACUGAUCAACAACCAGAGUAGCGUAUGGAGUUUCAACCCAUGUUUCUAUUCGAUGCUUGUUGAGGUUGGGUGGUACAGCUUCAGGAGGCAGGACCUUGUCGGGCACCUUGGGUUCAUAAAGGAAAGAGCAAAGAGAGGUGUUCCUGUUGUCGGUGACUGGGCUAUUAGAAAAGGCUCCUGUCCAAAAGAUGGGACAAAAGCACCCAAAGACUAUGCUUGUGUCAGUACAAACAGCUAUUGUGUAAAUGCAAGCAAUGGGCCAGGGUACCUUUGCAACUGCUCUCAAGGUUAUGAGGGAAAUCCUUAUCUUUCCAACGGCUGCCAAGAUAUAGACGAGUGCAAGCUACGCAAGCAGGACCUGAAGUACAAAGAACUAUAUCCAUGCAAAAAUGGGAUCUGUCGCAAUAUACCAGGAGGCUAUAUAUGCAAGUGCAGGAUAGGAACAAGAUCAGAUGGUAAAAAUUCUGGAUGUCAACCUGUGCUUACCCAAGCUGAACAGGUGGCCAUAGGCCUCAGUGCUUCUGCAGUUGUAGUGAUAUCUUUGACAUGCUUAUUGGUUAUGAAAUUACAACAAAGGAAGCAUAGGAGGGAGAAGGAUGCCUAUUUCGAACAAAAUGGAGGUCUGAAAUUAUAUGAUGAAAUGAGAUCGAGGCAAGUUGACACCAUUCAAAUACUUACAGAGAAAGAGAUAAAGAAAGCCACAGACAACUUCAGUGAAGACCGUGUUCUUGGAUGCGGUGGCCAUGGAAUGGUCUAUAAAGGAACUUUAGAUGACAACAAAGAAGUUGCUAUAAAGAAGUCCAAGGUAAUAGAUGAUGACUGCAGAGAAGAAUUUGUCAAUGAGAUAAUAAUCUUGUCACAAAUAAACCACAGGAACAUUGUGAGGUUACUGGGAUGCUGCUUGGAUGUAGAUGUGCCAAUGUUGGUGUAUGAGUUCAUUCCUAACGGUACUCUCUUUGAGUUCCUUCAUGUAACUGAUGCCAGAUCACCAAUACCCUUGGAUCUUAGAUUGAAUAUUGCUACACAGUCAGCUGAAGCUCUUGCCUACAUUCAUUCAUCAACUUCUCGUACAAUUCUGCAUGGAGAUGUCAAAUCCCUAAAUAUACUAUUGGACAAUGAAUACAAUGCAAAAGUAUCAGAUUUUGGAGCAUCGGCACUAAAGUCCAUGGACAAAAAUGAUUUCAUUAUGCUUAUCCAAGGAACUCUUGGUUAUAUAGACCCUGAGAGUUUUGUCAGUCAUCAUCUAACUGACAAAAGUGAUGUAUACAGCUUCGGAGUUGUUCUUUUAGAGCUAAUGACAAGAAAAAAGGCUCUAUACAGGGAUACCUCUAACGAAAAGAAAUCACUAUCUCAUACUUUCAUACUGAUGUUCCACCGGAAUGAGCUCCGAUCUAUGUUGGACACUGAAAUAGUAGAUGAUCAAGUAAUGGUAGUACUCGAGAAACUAGCUGAACUUGUAAUGCACUGUCUGAGCCCAAAAGGAGACGAGAGGCCAACAAUGAAGGAAGUUGCAGAGCGAUUACAAAUGCUGAGAAGACUCCAGAUGCAGUUAGUCACAAAGAUGCAUCCUAAUCAAGCACAUUAUUCUUGUCAAGAGUCAUCAAUGUCUGUCCCUUCAGGCAUGGGAUACCAGAGCACAGAGACAGCAAAACUGGUGCUGGAUGUAGAUCUUGCAAGAUAAUGCAUGCAAUCUCACUCUUCUCUACGUAUACUGGUUUAUAUUUGUGUAAUCUGUAAUGUAUAAAAAUUGUUGUAAGUACAUACUAACUGUUUGUGUGUGAGAGAGCUUGUGCACCUCAAUCAUCACUUAUGUACUGCAAAGUUGAAGGUAUGAACCUUAUGUUAAAGAGCUCAGGUCAUUAGAACAGUCUUUCUCCAAAACUAGCAUUUCAACACAUUGGGUUAUGAUUGAUCGACCGUAUGCAAGCAUUGAGUUAAUGUAGUUUUACUUAACUAAAUUCAUGCUAGAUUGCUUUUUGUCAUUUUCCCCCAUGGGCACUGGGUGCUACAUGGAACUUCAAUGGAGAAAAAACAGCAGUAAAAAUGCAUAACCAAUUGAAAGAGAGAAUUUUGGAUCAAGCA